AUGGAGUCAUCAGAGGACCCCAUCAUCCAAGUCAAAGAUGAACAACUCAUGGUUUCACCAUUAUCCGGUGAAAACCCAGUUCACAGAACUGCUUAUUUCAUCAAACCUUGCGUGGAAGACUCGGCAACUCUUCCUCAUUCCAUGUUCUCUUCUGGAAGAACAGCCACUGUCAAUUCGGACCACGCGAAGUUGCUUGAAGUAAGAUACAAAGGGUGGCAUUACCCAAGUGCAGAAUGGAAUACAUGGGUCCAACAAAUGCAACACAAGUAUGAAUGUGUGUGGAUGAAAGCUGGGAUAGACCAGGCAAUCAAAGCUUCAACUUUUCAAAUCCGUAGGAAUGAUGAGUUGAUCAUUGAGCUUGCACAAAGAUGGUGUUCUAAGACCAACACGUUUGUGUUUCCUUGGGGAGAAGCAACGAUAACAUUGGAGGAUAUGAAAGUUUGUUGGGGUUACUCUGUUAUGGGAGCUCCUAUUUCUAGCCCUCUUGUGAGUGGUGAGGAAAGGGAAAUAGAACAAAAACUUAUAGGAGUUUUUAGGAUGUUUUUCAAAUCUAAGGCCAGAAGGGCGGAUCAUACUCCAUGGAUGAAGCAUUUCAUGAGUAACGAGAGCCGAGUGGAGCAUGAGGCGUUCUUGUCUUUGUGGUUGUCGAGGUUUGUUUUCCCUGGUAGAUCAUAUACAACCAUUUUGCAAGAGGGCUUAAACUAG